AUGUCAACCGAAGCGGAGCUGCGGGCGCUGGAUCGACAGAUCGCUGAUCUGAUGCAGCAGAAGGUGGCGGUGCAGGCCAAGCUGGAGCGUGAGGCUGGCGGCGCACGUGCCAAGCAGAUGAGCGCUGAGGUGGUGGACAGCAACCCUUACAGUCGCCUCAUGGCUCUGAAGCGCAUGGGAAUUGUCAAUAACUACGAGAAGAUCCGCGACUUCUCCGUCCUCAUCGUGGGUCUUGGUGGUAUCGGCUCUGUCGCUGCUGAGAUGCUCACUCGCUGCGGCAUCGGCAAGCUCAUUAUGUACGACUACGACACUGUGGAGAUCGCCAAUAUGAACCGCUUGUUCUUCCGCCCCGAACAGGCCGGAAUGACCAAGACGGCGGCUGCCAAGCAGACGCUGCACAGUAUUAAUCCGGACGUGAUCUUCGAGGAAUACACCAUGGAUAUAACUACGACCGCCAACUUCGAGCAGCUUCUAGACCGUAUCCAGCACGGCGGAGUGGACGGCAAGAGCAAAAUCGAUCUGGUUCUCAGUUGUGUGGACAAUUAUGCGGCGCGUACGGCUCUAAACCAGGCAUGUAACGAGCUGAACCAGGAGUGGAUGGAGUCGGGCGUGUCGGAGGACGCUGUAUCAGGUCACAUCCAGUUUUUGUUGCCUGGACGCACAGCCUGCUUUGAGUGUCUCCCGCCACUUAUCGUGGCCAGUGGCAUUGACGAGUCCACGCUCAAGCGCGAGGGCGUGUGUGCGGCUUCUCUACCGACCACUAUGGGUCUGGUGGCUGCUAUGCUAGUGCAGAAUGUACUGAAGUACUUGUUGGGCUUCGGUCAGGUGUCGUACUACUUAGGCUACAGCGCCAUGAAGGAUUUCUUCCCGUCGGACGUCAUGCGUCCGAACCCGGAGUGUUCUAACGCUCAAUGUCGGAAGCAACAGGCCGUGACUGAACACAAGAAUUGGACGCCCAUGGUCUGGAAGGCUCUGGGCCAUGACGGCCAGGAGAAUCUGGUUGUGGAGCAUGAAGACAAUGAGUGGGGCAUCGAGCUUGGCGGAGACGAUGCAGCUGAAGCUCCUGCUGCUGAGACGGCGAAGCUGGCGUCGGGGAUCUCGUUUGCGUACGAUCAGGCUACAUCAACUCCGGUUGCUGCUGAGGACCAGUCAGCUUCUGUAGCGGACGUGAAUGUGAGUCUGGAGGACCUCAUGGGACAGCUGAAGUCGCUUUAG